AUGCUUCCUCAAUCCUUCAUAGUACUUUCUCUUCUUCUGUGUUCUUUGUCAACCCAUUUCUGGGUAUUAAAAUCUGAGGAAUCAUCUAUAUACGAUGUUCUUCGAUCCAAUGGGCUUCCUAUGGGUUUGCUUCCAAAGGGUGUGACGGACUUCACUUUGGACGAUUCUGGAAACUUUGAGGUCCAUUUGGAUCAGGCUUGCAAUGCCAAGUUUGAGAAUGAAUUACACUACGAUACAAAUGUUUCUGGCAAUUUGAGCUAUGGGCAGAUCGAUGGGUUGUCUGGUAUUUCUGCCCAAGAUUUGUUUCUGUGGUUCCCUGUGAAGGAAAUUCGGGUUGAUGUACCCACUUCUGGAUUGAUUUACUUUGAUGUUGGUGUUGUCUCUAAGCAAUUUUCUCUGUCUUCCUUUGAAACGCCGCGGGAUUGUAUGGUUGCUCAGCUGGAUGAUCUUCAAAGUGGGAGGUCCAAAGCUGAGACUUUAUCUAAGGGUCAACUGGCUCAGCUCCGAUACCGACUUCAUCAGAAAGCAUUCUCAAGGGCUAUUUUGUGA